CUCACCAGAGCGUAGUCAGUGUUGGGUCCCGCACCACUCUCUCCCGUGCUCCGGGGCCACCAGUGUCUUAUUCCGCUUCUCAGAUUUACUUGCCCCUCGCUGGCGUUGAGGUCCCCCAGUGUUUGGGUGACGGGUCUAAACCUACGAUUCAUCAAGAUGAGGUGGAUGACAGUGUGGGUGAGAGUGGCGGUGUGGGCGGCGGUUGCCGUGUCCAGUGGGCGGACCUUCAGUGGAGCAAGUGUGGGCGUGGCAUGUGACUCCAUGCAGCCGGGCCACCUGUCUUUGGGCGCCCAGACCUCUUCGCCUCCCUACGGCAUCUUCAUCACUCCCAGAAAUACUUCUUAUUAUGUGACGGUGUAUGGACAGGGAAACCGAGAGUUCAAGGGGUUCCUGUUGCAAGCCAGGGACGAGAAGGGCCAGCGUGUAGGUCGCUUCACUAAGGUGCAGAAGCCCGGCAGAAUCAUCGAGUGUUCCUUCGACGGGGGCGCCGUCCAGCACAGGAGAGGGGACUCUAAGACCCAAGUGACGGCCAGGUGGGAACCUCAAGGCUUCAAGGGUCAGAUGCAGUUCAGGGCGACGGUGGUGGAGUCCUACACCACCUACUGGAUGGACGUCCUCUCCGAGCACCUCUCCUUCUAGCUACCUUCGUCCUCCAGCAACACCUGAUGGACGUCCUCUCCGAGCACCUCUCCUUGUAGCUACCUUCAUCCUCCAGCAACACCUGAUGGACGUCCUCUCCGAGCACCUCUCCUUCUAGCUAGCCUAGGGACUUGCCAGUACGCCACGAGACUGUCACUUUGCUGUGAGGCUCCAGGGCCGAUCAGCGGGUCAUGCGUGCAGUCGGCAAGUACCAUGAGCAGACAUGUUGGGACCCGAAAGAUGGUGAACUAUGCCUGGCCAGGAUGAAGCCAGAGGAAACUGGUGGAGGUCCGUAGCGAUUCCACGGUUAUGACCCAGUGGAUCAUAACUAUUUAAUAUUAUCUAACUUUAACCCUCUAGAUUCAUGUUUUCAGCCUAUGGUAGUAUUAAUUAUAAUUAUUGAUCAUGGAAUGGUACUUUCAAGUAGCAGUGUAGUGAUAUAUUGUUUAAUGAUGUAGCAUGCUUGUAUUAUUAAUUAUAAACAUUCUAUAUGGUUAUUAGUGAGGUGAAGGGGAGUUACGUAUGUUUGUUCCUAUGUAACUCGUAUGAACGAGUUGUUCAUACGAGUUAAGGUGCACAUACAGGUCUGUAACGCGUUGGAAUAACAUUGUAUUUAUUGAGGUGGCUGGGACUGUCAGAGCUACCAACGGUAGAGGUUACCUUAAUGUAAUAUUAUGCACCACUGUUAUGUAGAUAAUUGGUAAGGAGUAUUGAGUGUUAAUUGAUUGGAACUAAUAAUUACUGUUCUCGUUAUUAAUAACAUUGUUAGCCAAUUGCGAGUAUAUUAGACUUUUUCUGUUGGGUCAUAUGUAGUAGGGUUGGCCUCUUUGAAUUGGUGCGGCGUGAAGCACAUUCAUGCCCAGUCUGCAGUAGCUGCUGGAACGUCAUGGGUAGAGGACACGCUGCUCUCUCAGAUAAGUAUUAUUUUUUGUUUAGACUUGUGGGUGGAACAACCUGUCUGUGUGGAUAUGUUAAUUAAUUCAGUAAAUAACUGGAGCGCCUAGUGAACUUAAUGUGUGCAGAUAAUAAUGUUACACGCUUAUUAGCCGGUUUAUUAAUGAUUGAGUAACCAGUGAGUUAGGGAAAUUAUUUCUUAUAUGUUUUAACGUUGUUGUUGGUUAUUUCUGAUUAUACUGGCGGUUGUUGAACUCUAGUGUUUCACUCCAUUAGAGUUAGUCAUAUUUCCGUGAGCCAGGACACGGGAGACAUCUCCCGUCACGCAGGGUGCAGUCGCACCUCCACAGAUCUCCAGUAUCAGCUCUUGAUACUGGUAAUGGCUCAAAUGGGCCACCACUUACGGGCUAUUCAUGCCCGUGCCACCUUUUGGGUGGCUUAAUCUUCAUCAAUCAAUCACCGUGAGCCACAUACCAGUAGCACCCACAACCCUGCUGGUAGACGUUAUCUCCGAGCAGCCCUCCAUCUAGCUACCCCCGUCUGAAGACUUAAGACUAGAUACAGGACUAAGAUACCCAUUGGGCGAGCUUGACGUGGGUACAGCUGAAGAGAAGUCGGUGAGAGGAAGUGCUGAAGUUGUAGAAAAAGAGCCAGCGCUGAACCAGGCUGCGUGUCUAGAGUCGAUGCUGAAACAAAUCCAUAACUAAAUAGGCGUUGAGUUGGGUCAGGAAGGGCGGCUAUGGCAGUGGUUCUUCAAACUAGGUUUUGGCAACCUGUCUUUUGGUGGUGUCUUCAUUCUUGAGUCUUCUUUAGCUUCACUCUAGCCUUCUUGUAAGCUCCACUCUAGCCUUCUUGCACACUAAUGCCCAACGCUGGGAUUGUAUAUUAUACUAGUUAUUAUUUUGUUUUAAACGCUACUUUUCUCAAAGUUGUGUCUUAUGUUAUUAUACUUGUUUCUUCGUAAUACCUUUAUAUGUGCUGGAAAUUACUGUGUCGCGUCAAAUAUAUGUUGGCCUACUGCAAGAUAUUUUCCCUGUGAUAUAGAACAUAUUUAGGUUAAUGUAGGUAGACCCAGCGUUUGUUAGUAAUUUUGCAUUAUAUAUGUAUAAACCUGUUAAUAUGUAAAAUCUUGUUCCUAAAACAAUUAAUAAAGAAGACUAUAUAUAUUCAGCAUUGUG